AUGGAUCCCCAAAUUGAAGAACUAUUAGGCCUAGAAGCCGUCCGUACAAGAGCCCAUGUUGUCCUCAAACUAGCCGAAGAGGGUCGUUUGAAUCAUUUCAACUACCACCCUAACCGCAUGGAAGAUGCCACCGACUACGUACUUAAACUGAUUCAGCGCGACUUUGGCCCUGACAAGUAUCACCUAAUUCCGCCCCAUGGACGCUGGCAGCAUUUCGAAGUCGGCGGGGUUCCCCGCAUAGCCACUCUUCUGGCUGAAUGGGAUGAGGAGAAAUGUGACACCACCGAAAAGACACGCAGACUGAUAGAUCUUUUCUUCGUCUCUGUCCUCUUGGAUGCUGGCGCCGGAGACUUUUGGAAAUUCAAUGAGUCACAAAGCGGUCUGACCCUCAACCGAAGCGAGGGUAUUGCGGUAGCAGCCCUGCACAUGUUCCUGGACGGCGACUUUGCUGGCCAGGACUCGUCCGUGAAACACACCGUCAAUGGCGAUGCAUUGCGCAAUAUCAAUGUAGACAUCUUAUCCCGUGGACUCCAGGUCGACGAUGCCAAUCCCAUGAUUGGAGUUCCUGCACGUGCAGAUAUCCUCCGUAAACUCGGCGAGUCUUUAGUGAACUUGAAAGAUAUCUUUGGUCCUUCCGGUCGUCCUGGUAAUCUUGUUGACUACCUCAUUGCCAAAUCGAAUGAUAGCGGAAAGCUCGAUUACCGGGAUCUUUGGAACGUGCUGCAGCGCCUCCUGAUUCCCAUCUGGCCGUCUGAUCGUACUCGCAUUAAUGGACAGCCCAUUGGCGAUGCGUGGCCCCUGCGAGCACUUUCGCAGCAGGCUGGAUCAGAGUCGAAACCCUACUCCAACAUCCAACCGUUCCAUAAGCUGACCCAAUGGCUAGCGUACUCAUUGAUGGUGCCGUUCUCUCGUCUGCUCUCAGUCUCAUGGUCUAAUACCGAGCUGGGAACUGGUCUGCCGGAGUACCGCAACGGAGGAAUGCUUGUCGACAUGGGAGUUCUAGAAUUGAAGCCCGAGUCACUGCACCGAGGUUUGAGUCUUUCGGGUGGUAGCUUGCCUUCGUUCGGUGCAGGCGAUGAUGAGAUUGUGGAAUGGCGAGCGAUGACCGUUGCCCUCCUCGAUGUGCUACAUACGAAGAUUCUCGCUCGCUUGGAUGGUGUCCAACUGUCUCUGCCUCAGGUGUUGGAGGCGGGCUCCUGGAAAGCUGGUCGUGAGCUUGCAGCGGCUAAACGUCCGGAGACCAAGUGUAGUCCUAUCUUGAACUUUGGUGAUGGUACCUUGUUCUAG